AGUGACGCUGGAUGGUGUCCCCAGCCCCCCAGGAUACAUGUCAGAUCAAGAGGAGGACAUGUGCUUUGAAGGAAUGAAACCCGUAAACCAAACUGCAGCCUCAAACAAGGGACUCAGAGGUCUCCUCCACCCACAGCAGUUGCAGUUGAUGAGCAGGCAGCUUGAGGACCCUGAUGGUAGCUUUACCAACGCUGAGAUGAGUGAACUGAGCAUGGCACAGAAACCAGAAAAGCUUUUGGAGCGCUGCAAGUACUGGCCUGCUUGUAAAAAUGGGGACGAGUGUGCGUACCAUCAUCCCAUUGCACCUUGCAAAGCCUUCCCCAAUUGUAAAUUUGCUGAAAAAUGUUUGUUUGUUCAUCCAAAUUGUAAAUACGAUGCUAAGUGUACUAAACCAGAUUGUCCCUUCACUCAUAUGAGUAGAAGAAUUCCAGUACUGCCUUCAAAACCAGCAGUUACAGCACCAGCGCCAUCCCCUAAUGGUCAGCUCUGCCGCUACUUCCCAGCUUGUAAGAAAAUGGAAUGUCCCUUCUAUCAUCCAAAACACUGUAGAUUUAACACUCAGUGUACCAGACCUGACUGCACAUUUUAUCAUCCCACCAUUACUGUACCACCAAGACAUGCCUUGAAGUGGAUUCGGCCACAAACCAGUGAAUGACAUGCAGUCUUACCUGGCAGAAGAUCAUGCAGUUUGAAAGCUUCCAUCUACCAAUGAAAGAUAUUCUACAGACUUGUCAUACCUUUGAAAUUUGGAAUAUAUUGCUUUCAUAAUAUGAAGUUUAUUGCCUAUCUGAAGUGUCUAAUUUUUCAAGUUUGUAAGUUUAUUAAGUGGUUUUAACAUUGGGUUUUGUUGUUCCUGUUUUGUUACUAUGAAAAGACAAUUUAAGGAAAAGCUAAAUUCUAUUAAAACAU